ACGGCACAACCGCCAACGGUGACGGUGGUGGGCAGUUUCGCUUGGCUCCUCCUGUCUUGUAGCAGUUCGCGUGCACAAGAGGUCGCCAUGUACCCCAAGCCGGAGGACGGCCCGGCGACGGGGUUCCCGAUGAGCGGCGGCACGGCCCGCACGGGCGGCGGGCCGGGCGCGUACUACCAGGCGGCGCCGGCGACGGCGGCGUUCGCGAUGCAGGCGGCGCAGGCGCCGCUGGCGGCGUGGUCGACGGGGCUGUGCGACUGCUUCGACGACUGCGGCAACUGCUGCAUCACGUGCCUGUGCCCGUGCAUCACGUUCGGGCAGGUGGCGGAGAUCAUCGACCGCGGGUCGACGUCGUGCGGGGCGAGCGGCGCGCUCUACGCGCUCAUCAUGCUGCUCACGGGCUGCCAGUGCGUCUACUCCUGCUUCUACCGCGCCAAGAUGCGCGCCCACUACGGCCUCCAGGAGAGCCCCUGCGCCGACUGCUGCAUCCACUGGUGCUGCGAGCCAUGCGCGCUCUGCCAGGAGUACCGCGAGCUCAAGAAGAGAGGCUUCGACAUGAACCUCGGAUGGCACGCCAACAUGGAGAGGCAAGGACGCACCCCGGCGACCAUGCCGCCCCUCAUGCACCCAGGGAUGACCCGUUGAUUCAUCGCUCCGUCCGUGCCUUUUCCUCUCAAAACACACAUCUAAAGUGAGCGUCCUUGUGUAGUACUCCCUCCGUUCGGAAUUACUUGUCUCAAAAAUGGAUGUAUCUAGAACUAAAAUACAUCUAAAUACAUUCAUUUCCGCGACAAGUAAUUCCGAACGGAGAGAGUACAAAUAAUCUCCAUGCUGUUCGGCGUCUUUGCGGUGUCACAGCUUGCCUAGCUACUUGCAGGUUUCUGUACAAUUAAUACAGUGUAACACAGAACUACCACUUUCUGUAAUGUUAUUAGAAAUUAUGUAUUUAUAGUUUGAAGUUGUUAUGAGUA